GUACCUUUCGGCUCGCCAUCUUGUCUAACAAGUAUGAAAGUUGUGGAUUCUCUCUCAGCCGAAGGUGACUGUGUAUCCCCAGAAUUUAUAUUAAAAGAACUUGAAAAGCAUGAAAGUUUUGAGACGCUAGAGCUUUCAAGCAGACUUGGAGUUGAUCAUCAGAAAAUUGUUGGAGCCAUCAAGAGUUUGCUAGCACAAGACGGGUUAAUAGUUGCCGAAGAGUAUGUGACGAAAAGGGUUGAACUAUCGUCUGAAGGUAAGGCUAUGUCAGAAAACGGAUCUCAUGAAGCCAAUGUUUUCUUGAGGAUUGGGAAAGAAGGUGCUGUUCAGUCUGAUAUCAUGGCAAGAUGUUUAAAUUUGCUGUUUUAUUUAGAUAAACUUCCGUAUGGCAAAGUAGGAAUAAGUAAAGCACUUGCCGCCGGUUGGAUAUUUGUGGACAAGUCCAGUGGGAAUGUGCGUCUGUUUCGUAAGAUCGACGAGAUUGAAGACACUGUUAAGCGUGACUUGAAACGUAUUACAAGUGGUAGGAUAGCGGAUUUGAAUCCAAAGACAAUACAAGAAUUUAAAAAACGGAAACUGCUUUCAGAAACGAACAUUAAAAGCUAUAAAGUUAAGAAAGGCCAUCGUUUUACAACUGUUCUUGAAAAGCCUGAAGUGGAUCUUACUGCAGAUAUGAUUGCCAACGGUUCUUGGAGAACAAAACAAUUCAAAAAAUAUAACUUUGAAGCUUUCGGAAUUAUGCCAUCAGGAGGUCAUUUGCAUCCGUUGAUGAAAGUGCGGAAUGAAUUUAGGCAAAUCUUUUUCCAAAUGGGCUUCUCCGAGAUGCCAACUAACAGGUAUGUUGAAAGUUCAUUUUGGAACUUCGAUGCCCUUUUUCAACCUCAACAACACCCUGCUAGGGAUGCACAUGACACUUUUUUUGUGUCAGAUCCAGCGAAUAGUUUUAAUUUUCCUGAGGAUUACCUGGAACGAGUAAAGACUGUUCAUUCAAAGGGAGGUUACGGUUCAAAAGGAUAUAACUACGAAUGGAAACUAGAAGAGGCUCAGAAGAAUGUUUUGCGUACACAUACAACGGCUGUCAGCGCUCGUCAACUGUACAAAUUAGCUCAAAACAACUUCAGACCGGUUAAACUGUUUAGCAUCGACCGAGUUUUCCGCAAUGAAACUCUUGAUGCCACCCAUUUAGCAGAAUUCCACCAAGUUGAAGGGGUUAUAGCGGAAAGAAAUCUUUCUUUGGCGCACGUGAUGGGGUUGUUUACUGAAUUUUUCCGUAAAUGCGGUAUCAGAAAUCUUCGCUUUAAACCGACAUAUAAUCCUUACACAGAACCUUCUAUGGAAGUGUUUGCCUUCCAUAAAGGUUUAAAAAAGUGGGUGGAAAUUGGUAACUCUGGUAUGUUCCGUCCGGAAAUGCUCCUUCCUAUGGGUUUGCCGCCCGACGUAAAUGUUGCUGGAUAUGGUCUUUCCCUUGAAAGACCCACGAUGAUACGUUACGGUUUGAACAACAUUCGUGACCUUUUUGGCUCUAAAGUUGACCUAGAGGUUAUAUACAAUAGUCCAAUUUGUCGGCUUGACAAAGUGUAA